CUCUCUCUCUCUCUCUCUCCCCAAAAAAGCCCCGACUCCUCCUCCUCCCUCUCUCUCGUCGGCGCCCCUGAGAGAACCAAAUCAACAGUCGGAGUUGGAGAUCCCUCCCUACCUUCCUCCUCUGCCAACGUCACCCCCCCAAAUCCGAGCCCCAAAACCCCCAACUCCGAUCAACAGCGUAGUAAGCGAAACCCCCAAAAUCGACGCCGACUACGCUGUUGAUUUCAAAUCCUCGACGGAGCUCCCCCAAAAUCGACGCCGACUACGCUGUUGAUUUCAAAUCCUCGACGAAACCCCCAAAUCCGACGAGUACCCAACUCCGCCGCCGACUGCUGGUCUCCCUCGACGAAGUACCCAACUUCUCUUCUUCGAUCAGCCGCCCACCCGCAGCCUGUCAAUUAAACUUUUUUUAUGAGAAAUGGAAAACUUGGACACUGAAUCAUAUGAAUUAAACUUGGAUGACGAUAGUUCGAUAUAUACUCCUCAAGUAUCAGAUGAGUUGAGGCCAAAAAAGGGGCAAGAAUUUAACACAAUAGAUGAUGUUGUAACAUUCUACAAUGCUUAUGCUAAAGCAGCUGGGUUUAGUGUAAGGGCUUGGACUACUCAGAAAGAGCCGGGAAGUGGUGAAAUAAGAAGGAAGGAGUAUGUUUGUUUUAAACAAGGAAAAUCUCCAAGAAUCGCGGAUGUUGGAAAUAAAAGACGUCGAGGAAGCGUAGCUGAAGAUUGUCAUGCCAAAAUUGCAGUUUUAAAAUCGAUCUCCGGAAAAUACAUUGUUACUAUUUUUAAAGAGGAGCACAGCCAUCCGCUAUCAACCCCAUCAAAGGUUCAUCUUUUAAGGUCCCACCGUAACGUUUCAGCCGCAACAAAGUCUUUAACUAAACAGUUAUCAAUGGUGAAUAUACCUCAGCAUCAACAAUUCAGUUUUCUUGGAGUACAAUCUGGAGGUAUAGAAAAUAUUGGGUGCACUCAAAGAGAUUUGUAUAAUCAUGAAAGGGAUAUACGGGCUGAUUUGAAAGGGCAUGAUGGUCAAAUGUUUUAUGAGUAUUUAAAACUGGAACAAAGAAAGAAUCCCGCAUUUACUUUUCAAAUUGAGGCCGAUGAGGAACAAAAGAUUACUCGUUGUUUUUGGUCCGAUGCAAGUUCAAGGCGGGCUUACAAUUUCUUCGGUGAUGUUGUAAUCUUUGAUACUACUUAUAACACUAAUCGCUAUGGCCUGAUAUUUGCACCAAUAAUGGGGGUUAACAAUCAUGCUCAAACAGUUGUUUUUGCUUGUGGAUUUUUGAAUCAUGAGAGCGUUGAUGAUUUUGUAUGGUUAUUUACUAAAUUUUUGGAAAGUAUGCCUCGUGGUGCCCCGAAGAUGAUUAUUACUGAUCAAGACCCAGCUAUGACAAAGGCAUUCCCUCAUGUUCUUCCAAAUACUUUUCACAGGUAUUAUUGUUUGUAUAGAUUAUUAAAAAUAUUUAUAUACAUAGCCUUUCUUUUUUAACACUUUAUUUAAUUCUUUUGACAUGUAUUGUAGUU